AGAGAACAUGUCUUUUGUCUCCUAAACCUCCUUUAUUAUCAUUAUUACCACCAAUAAUCCUAUUUUUAUUCCAUUUCACAGCGAAGAUAAGUAGAGGUUUCGUUAUAAACAAAGGAGGAAACCUCAGAUAGAGCAUAGUAGAGAAGAAGAUGUAUCAAGAUCAACAACAUCCCGUUGGUGCUCCUCCUCCUCAAGGGUAUCCUCCAAAGGAAGGAUAUCCACCACAGGGAUAUCCUCCGGCUGGUUAUCCUCCACCACCGCAGGGAUACGGUCAGGCAUAUCCAGCACAAGGGUAUCCUCCUCCGCAAUAUCCUCAAGGUCCUCCGCCUCAGUAUCCUUAUCAGGGUCCUCCGCCACCACAGUAUGGUCAGGCUCCGCAAAAGAAGAAGAAAGACAAGGAUUCAGGAUUUGUUGAAGGAUGUUUGGCUAUGCUCUGCUGUUGCUGUCUCUUGGAAGCUUGUUUUUGAUUGAAGGCCGUGAUGAUAUUUGCCGUUGACCGUCGUUCGAGAUGCCAUUGUAUUUUACAACAAAAAAAAAAGACGUUUGAUCAAACAUUUAGAUAGCUUCUUCUGGCUACGUGUGUGUGUGUAUGUGCGUUCACGUUUUGUGUUUGUUUCUGUUCUUUAUUUUAUUGCUAUGAUUUGGAAUUUACUCCGAGACUUGUUUUUUUUUAAUUUUAUUGACUAUUAUUUUAGUAAGUAUUCUCCCCAUCUUUUGUAUAUGUACAACAAGUGAGCUAUCACCUUUGAAUAAAAGCAUUC